GAACCGGUCGAACCAGAAAGCAAUGAACCGGAGUUCAAGCCUUCUGCCCUAAUUAAAAACCGGGAGCUAGCCAACAGACAGACCGAUCCAGUGAAGAAACAAAUUGCAGGAGGCUUCCCCGCGAGACAACUGCCAGUUGCAGUCGUCGGACGAUAAACCUAAAAGGGAAAUCUGCAAUCAGUUCUACUAUUUCAAUGGGUUUGACGGCGGGGCACUGAUGUCACUGUUCUUGCUUGUCAUUCGUCAGCUUGCAGAGAUUGAAUCAAUGGCUACUUCAAAGAAAGUGAUUACCAGAGAGGAAUGGGAGAAAAAGCUCAAUGAUGUAAAGAUUAGGAAAGAAGAUAUGAAUAGAUUAGUGAUGAAUUUUCUUGUAACGGAGGGUUAUGUUGAUGCUGCAGAAAAAUUUCGUUUGGAAUCUGGGACGGAACCAGAUAUAGAUCUUGCAACAAUUACGGACCGCAUGGCUGUUAAGAAGGCAGUACAAUGUGGGAAUGUUGAAGAUGCAAUUGAGAAAGUAAAUGAUUUGAAUCCUGAGAUACUGGAUACAAAUCCACAGCUGUUUUUCCAUCUCCAGCAGCAGAGAUUGAUAGAACUGAUUCGGAGUGGCAAAGUAGAAGAAGCUCUUGAAUUUGCCCAGGAGGAGCUUGCACCAAGGGGAGAAGAAAAUCAAAGCUUUUUAGAAGAGUUGGAAAGAACUGUUGCAUUGCUGGCUUUUGAAGAUGUCUCCAACUGCCCUGUUGGAGAGCUUCUGGACAUAUCUCAGCGUCUGAAGACAGCAAGUGAAGUAAAUGCAGCCAUCCUUACAAGCCAGAGUCAUGAAAAAGCAGACCCAAAGCUUCCGAGCUUAUUGAAGAUGCUGAUAUGGGCGCAGAACCAACUGGAUGAGAAAGCUGCUUAUCCUCGCAUAAAUGAUUUAUCGACCGCAAUGCUCGAAGACCCUGCUGUUUGAAAACUUUUGAAAUGCUCUUCUGGUGGAGGAUCAUCACAGGCUUUGUCUUGAUUCAACAGAUUGAACCCAUUGGAGUGAGAAAUCUUGUAUGUACUUUUAUUCAAAAUUGACACUGGCUAGUCCAUUCCCCUCCCCGAAUUGUUAUUUUAUUAUUUAAAGCUUGAGUUUUUAUGUUUUACACCUUUUUUUUAGAUCCAUUGUGAAAAUCUCUUCAGUGGCUUUAAGCCAAUGUAUAAUUGACUGAACACUCCCUUUAAAUUUAAGAAUAAUGCUGAUAAUAAUAAUAAUAAUAAUUUAAUGUUGAUGAAA